AUGUCUUUUCGUUACGGAUCGGGCGCUCUGACGACCCUUCUCACGGUUGUCAACAUACUGACUCCGGUGGCGAUUGUCAUCUUCGCGACUGGCUUCUUCCCUUACAAGCCAGUUCUCCCAGGUCUGGCCCAGUAUGAGACGCUGGAGUAUGGCCCGCCACCAGCUGCGCCUUUCGACCGCCUCGUAUUCAUGGUAGUCGAUGCACUGCGAAGCGACUUUGUGUACGUGGACGGCGCAGGCUUUACACAUACUCAGGAACUUAUUCGUCAAGGAGCCGCUCUGCCCUUUACUGCCUAUGCUCGAUCGCCGACCGUCACAAUGCCAAGGAUCAAGGCUAUCACCACCGGCUCGAUCCCGUCUUUCUUGGAUGUCAUUCUAAAUCUUGAUGAAGCCGACACAUCCUCGACUUUGGCUGCUCAAGACACCUGGCUUGCUCAGAUGAAGGCCAAACAAGCGGGGAAACUGGUCAUGUAUGGUGACGAUACCUGGCUCAAGCUCUUCCCUGGAACCUUUGACCGCGCCGAUGGCACCUCGAGCUUCUUCGUUGCAGACUUUACCGAGGUUGACAAUAACGUCACCAGGCACAUCGAUACCGAACUACAGAAUGAUGAUUGGAGUACACUGGUUCUGCAUUACCUCGGCUUGGACCACAUCGGACACAAAUCGGGACCACGAAGCUCGCACAUGGUCCCGAAACAGCAUGAAAUGGACGAUAUCGUCAAGCGCAUCUACAGUGCCAUGGAAAAUCAAGACCACAUGUCCUCGGCCUUGAUGGUUCUCUGUGGAGACCACGGCAUGAACGACGCCGGCAACCAUGGGGCAUCAUCUCCUGGGGAGACCUCGCCGGCGCUUGUUUUCAUAUCGCCGAAGCUCAAGGUCUUGCAACGCCACCUGCCAGCCCCGGCCGCAUUUCGGGAGGACUUUUCUUAUUAUACCAAGGUCGAACAGUCGGAUCUCGCCCCUACGUUGGGCGCUCUUCUGGGUUUCCCGGUACCCAAGAACAACCUGGGCGCAUUCAUAUCGGACUUCCUGCCCUUUUGGUCAGAUAAAAACGACCAGAUUCAACUACUCGUUCGCAACGCUCGCCAAAUCUUGAACAUCGUGACAGCGACUUUCGGUUCUGAGAUGUUCGAUCUCGCAACCACCUCAACGCAGAAGGCCUGCUUGAACCCGCAGGAUGAUGCUCAGGAGCUAGCUUGUGAAUGGCAUCGUGUCAAUGACGCGCUCAAAGUCAUGGACGACGGCCAGGGAGAACUAGAUCCAGUAUGGCUUGAAGCCAUGUCCAAGUGGCUCGGCAACGCUCAAGACCUCAUGAGCAGCAUGGCCAGCAACUAUGACAUGGGGAGGCUUCACGUCGGCGAAGCCGUGGCCUUCCUCGGAACAGGCUCUCUGGUCUUCGGCGCCCGGCCCAGCCUCAUUCCGCUACUCACCAUCACCGUCAUGUAUGGUAUCAUGAUGUUCGCUAGCAGCUAUGUUGAAGAAGAGCAGCACUUCUGGUACUGGGCUACGUCGGCCUGGCUAGGCUCUUUGGCCGUAAAGAAGAUGCAAACCACUCGUGCCCUUAUACCAACCCUGGCCUCGCUUCUGCUAGCAUUGACAGCCACAAGGCUCAUCCGGGGGUGGAACCAAACCGGCCAAAAGCACGCUGGCGAGCCCGACAUCGUCAAGACUUUCAUCGUGGCGAACCCCUCCCUUCUCUGGGCUCUCGUCAGCUUAGCCUAUCUCUUCCUGUUCGCACAAAUCCGGAGGAAACUCCGUGGCUUGCCUCGCACACUCGCCACUGCCACGUCUGCCACUCUCAUUCUCUCCGCAUUCACGUUCAAAAUCGCCUUCACCAGUGAAGACGCUCCGGAGCUCGUUACCGGCCUCCCGGCUGUCCUCAAUGCCCUCACGCAGGGCCUCUCCCUCGUGGCCCGCGCCAGGGCCGUCUUCAUCGGCCUUGCCGCUGUGGCAGCCUAUUCAACUUACCUCGCUCUAUCCGACCCGUUCACCGAGGCGAGACACACGUCUCCUUUACUCCACCACCUCACGACCCUCCUCCUUGCAACCCAGUCCCGCGUGACAAACAUCCCGCUCCUCCUCCUCUUCACCUUCCAGCUCCCCUUCCUCGCCUCCCUCGACCUCGACCUGCCCGCGCUCUCCACGACUUCCCUGCUGCUGCAGUACGCCUCAUUCUUCGCCUUUGGCGGCACCAAUGCCAUAUCCUCCGUCGAUCUCUCGAGCGCCUAUAACGGCGUCGCCGGCUUCAGCGUCGUCGCCGUCGGGGCUCUGACGUUUGUGAGCAACUGGGCCGGGCCGAUCUAUUGGGCCUCCGCCACGAACCUGCUGCUGCUUCAGUACCGCAACCGCAGGGCGGGCAGCGACGAGGGGAGGGACGUGUUUCUACGGCACGUCGGUCAUAUGACGCUCUUCACGGCAUGCAGCGUCGGUUUCAUCAUGGUGGCGUGCGAGGCACUGCGGACACACCUGUUUGUCUGGACCGUCUUCUCACCAAAGUACCUGUACUGCAUGGCCUGGAGCAUUGGGCAACAUCUCGUCGUAAACAUCAUUGUCUCUGGCCUACUUUAUCGCUUAGGAUCCGCAUGA